AUGGUCUCAAACUCCGGACCACCCCUGCCAAUGCCAAUGCGAGUACCGGUUGGCCACCUUGUUCAACAAAUUAUCGAUGACGAGGGUAUUCUGACGCACGUAAUCCUAUCACCUUUCCCUCCAGUCCAAUCGUCACCCUGUCCUCCCAGCUCUACCUCUUCAGCCACAACUGUCGCCAACUCUAUUUCAACCUCCUCUACCUCGGCUCCGGCUGUCCCUCUUUCCACUGGAGCUGAUACCAAUUCAGCUGAUCUUUCUUUGGCCCAGUCCUACAAGCAGCAACAGAUUAAUGAAUCUUCGCACUAUUACCAAGCUUUGCCACAAGUGCAUCAGCCUCACUCUGUCUAUCCAGCUGUUUCUUCAUCUACUCAACCUCCGUCAACUUCUACGCAGCCGACGUCAGCUCGGCAGCACCAUCCACCCGUUUUAAGCAUGCACCAUCAGCACCAUUCGGCUCAGACUCAACAACAGCAGCAACUUCUGCUGUUAAAGCAACAAUCACAACAGCCACAUCUAACUCACACUUAUUCUCCAUCGUACUCACACACUCAGCCUCUCAGUCAAAAUGCUCACUCCCAUGCCAAUUCUCACUCCCAUCUUCACCAUUCGCAUUAUUUGCGCCCCCCUAGUCAUCCUCACAUUAUUUCACACUCUCGACCCAGUGCUCCUGCGCGCUUGCAUUCAAGUCGUGGCCCUUGUCAUGUGGACGGGGUAUCGGCUCCCAGUGGCCGAGUCUCAAAUGCGCAACAACCGGCUCCAGCUAGAGGCCAAACUUCGAGUCCAUCUCCCCCGGCGCCGCGUUCUGUUCAGUCCUCUUGUCAAUCCAUGGCUGGGCCAAGGGCUCUGCUUAGGCGACCGGUUGGAUCUAAUGUUCCAAUAGUCCAAGAAAAGUCCAUCCCCGUUCACGGAAAGCGCACAGAACCACCAAUGUUUGAUCAAGAAGAAAGAGGUAAGGCAUUCUAA